AUGAAAUUCAAUCUGAGCUUGGCACUGGUAGCCGCCUGCCUAGCUACUGGCGCGGUCAUCAACAGCCCCCUCACCCAAGCCGCCGUCACUACUGGGGUGAGCUCUGGUACCCAGGUUGAUCCCAACGGUGAUGGCCGCGGAGGGUAUAAUAUGCUCGACGCUAAAGCCACCGUCACUACUGGGAUAGGCUCUGGUACUCAGGUUGAUCCCGGUGCUGAUGGCCGUGGAGGGUAUAAUAUGCUCGACGCCCAAGCCACCGUUACUACUGGGGUAGGCGCUGGUACCCAGGUCGAUCCCAACAAUGAUGGCCGCGGAGGGUAUAACAUGAUCGAUGCCACUGCUAAUUUCACGGCCCUUGGCUAUUAA